UCUGCAUGUGCAAGAUUAUAGAGGACGCCGUGAUAAUAACUUAACCUGCAGGAUUGAUUAUUUAUAGCUCGUACACCUUUAUUAUCUGCUCUGUAGUCUACUUAAUUGUUUACUAAACGUAGAUUAUCAGAUAGAUGCUCGCAUUUAUUAUUAUGCGAUUAAUCAACAGUGCAACUGAUGGUUAAAAUCUCAAUUUUAGUGAUGAAUUGUUACCAGUAACGAUCGAUAACUUUGGAUGUGCUGCUAAUUGAUGCCAUAGGACGUUUAUUCCGCACCUGGUUUGGGAUUAAUUGACAAUAUUGCAGAUUACAAUAUGAUACCUGGAAAUGUUGAACAGGGCAAGUGGUAAUUGCUUGUGCUAAUAGCACCUUGUACUUUGAAAUAUUAAAGUGUAACAGUGAUGGAACAACCGCAGAUAGAAAAGCUACUUUAGAGCUGAUAGCUUGCUUAUUCCAAGGGAAAAAGGAAUCCAUCGGUCCGUGUUUCAAGAUUAGCACGCUACAGUGGGUACCCUUGCGACGUUUUGUGCUGCAAUUCAUCACCGUUGUCUUCAUUGGCAUAGGCGUAUUUGCUGCUAUCCCAUCGUAGACAUGAGACCAAGUCAUUUGUCAGUGAUUACUGAUACCCUGCCAGUGCAUCCGCCAUCCCCUGGACGAGACACAUGGCCGUUGCCUGGUAGCUCCUGCUACGCCCUACGGGCGGCAGUUACCGACCUGUCGUUUUGGAAUGACUUUCAAGCGGAGAAAAUCGGUAGCGGCUUUUUCGCAGAUGUUUAUAAGUAUGCGGUUUACUAUACAAUGGUCUUCUUGUUACUCAUUAGGUAUCUCGGUGCAUGCGUGAAAGAAGGAAGAAUACAUCCACUUCUUGAGUAUAUUUCUGGUGGAACGCUGGAGGAGGUAUUAGCUAAUUGCAGUAUAGAUAUUUCAUGGAAACAGCGCAUAAAAUUCGCCGUCGAUAUUGCUGAAGGUAUGACGUACUUGCACUCACAGAAUGUCCUGCACCGCGAUCUCAAUUCUAGGACUUCCACCGACAAUCAGCAAACGGCGUCGCGUCGUCUAACAUUAAGCAGCUUUCGAUUUGGACGAAGCGGCGUUCUACGACGGGCAGUGGAGCGUGAAACCGUACUGCGCAUGCGAAUACAUGGGGAAGUCGUUCGUUGUGUGGAUUUGACAACGGGCUUUAAGCGUAUUGGCGUUGUGUUGACUACGAAUUGUUUGAUCAAAGUAUUUGACGAUGGAAAUAUGGAAGCAGUCGUGUCUGAUUUCGGCUUAGCUCGUGUUGGUCUUGGCGGAGUCGAUGCAGAUAUUCCACGACGGAUGUCAGUUGUGGGGUCGCCCUAUUGGAUGGCCCCAGAAAUGCUCCGCGGUGAAGAGUAUACAAAGAAAGUUGAUGUUUUUUCUUACGGUAUCCUACUAUGUGAAGUCAUUGCACGGAUAAAAGCGGACCCAAAUGAACUCCCAAGGACACCGCGGUUUGGUCUGGACAUGAGUUUGUUCCGGCCUAUGUGCUAUGGGUGUCCGGAACCGUUCCUGAUACUUGCCGAGGAGUGCUGCUCAAUGGAUCCAAUGUGUCGCCCCAGUUUUAUUGAAAUAGUGGACAGAUUAAACGCUAUGUUGAAUAUACUUGACCGAGGCGGGAAACUAGCGGCAGGCGAUAUUAAACGUUCAAGCGUUGCUGUAAUCAUAACGUUAAAAAUGGCAAGCGAAGAACGCAGAGACUAUGAUGAAUGCGAUUAUAACGAUGUAUGUGAUGCUGAAUCUGCCAGUGACGUGAUAGAUAACGAGGUAAUCUCGUAUCUUCAAUUUAAUAAAAUAUUUAUCGGAUGGACACUAUCUACGUUUCUGUUUAUGUAUUACUUGCACUUCGCAUACGAACCUAAUACGAUUUUGUAUAAUAUCGGGUAUUUAGUCAUCAACCUUCUAUCAAGUAAAUUAUUUUGUUUUAUUGCCGCGAUAAUUUGUAUUCUGAUUCCAUCUGUCAAACACGAUGAGGAUGUUUCUGAAAUGGUCACGCCGUUAUCCGCUGUGACGUCACCGGAACCAGAUUUGGGUUAUUUUAGUAGUGAGGACCUGUAUUCACUUGAUACGAACUGUAAUACUGUCGCUGAUCCGGAGACGACGUCAAUUCAGAGCAAGGAAGAAAGAGAAACUGCUGCUUGUGAUAAGGUGAUGAAGCGACUGUCAACUAAACAAUCGAAGGUACUUAGCUUCGUCAACGAGUCAAUAGAGGAAAUGGAUGAAGCGGAAGUUACUUAAAUACUCGUCAAUAAUCCAAAUUAAAAUUUUCUUAACUAACAACAUUUACGACCUGAAAGCACAGCGAUAGUAAUAAGCUGUUAUUAAAGUGGGCAGGCAGUCUCACGUAUACAUCUCAUUCAUCACUGCGAGUUCGCAUGUUUGUAAUUACGCCUGUUGAAAAGUGUAAACGUUCCUUACGCAGGUCCUGUCAGCAGCUGCGACAGAUGAGACGGGACGAUGCGACGGACCGGGAAAAUGCUCAUACGAAACGCGGGAGAAUGUCGGCCGAUAGUCUACUGACGCCUCGUGCAAACCGUUCAUGGUUUUCAAAUUCCCAUACAUAUACUACCUAUAUCUUUAUAAUCAUCAAAUAUUUAUUUAUUUAUAUCAUGUCGGUGAUCAAAAGAAGGUAGAGGUGAUCAAAAGAAGGUAGAUUUUACUUCACUCGCUACACAGCUACGUUACACAAUUCGUAGAUAUUCCAGACUCAAGGAAAGGCUACCCGCUACACAAUACAGUACCCAAGUUUCGUAUGAUGAUGAGCAACAGCUCAGUCCCGAACAUUUCUAUCUAUAAUGAAUAAAAUAGGCCCUAAUGUGUAAUGAUUAUUGGUGCAACUGAGAAUUGUUUUUGCCUAUAACUAUAAAGCGAUUCAUUCGUAUUUUCACGUCAUAACUUUCAAACUUGAAGAUGAUGAUUAAUCUGAUGGUUCCAAUAAGAUUUUCAUCUGACUGAUGGUUCCAAUAAGAUUUUCAACUGAAGUAGUUUACAGGGUGGAAUUAGUAUUUCAAUUUAUCAAUGCUCAUUAUAACUUGUCACACGUAAAUGUAUGUGCUUCAUUAUCACUGUGCGCAUGUGUAUAAUAUUGUAGCCAGUGAUGCAUGGUGAUGUAAACGAUAUUUCAAAUUGUGUUAUGUAAAGAUUUAUAUUGUAACAAUGUAAAUAUUUUUGUACGAUAUAUAUAUUUUACAGAAUUAAUGGAAAAUGUUAAUAAAGACAUUACAAUGGAUCAUAUUA